AUGAUGAAAAUCGGCGGUGUCGAAGAUGACAUAAAAAGGCUCCACAAAAUUGAUAAUAAUGGAAAUAAUUAUAAGGUGGAUAUACUAUAUAUAUUAAUAUAUAUAUAUAUAUAUGUUAUGUAUAGUAUCACGUCGUCGGUCGAAGUAAACAGUUUAGUGGCCAUCAUAUUAACGAUCGAGACUACGAAUCGAUUUUCGGACCUUUCGGUGGAUUGA